CUGCUCGGGCGCGCGGUCCAUGCAGAUGCGUUUUCUUCGCCCGCCCCGACGCGCUGCCGCCCCGCCAAACGCCAACUUGACUCGGCGAUAUGCAAGCUCUGCGCGCCUCGCGGCUCUCGUCGAGCGGAUACCUGUGGUGACACCGGAGCUGCCCGCCUGGAAACGGGAGUCGCUCGAGCUGCGCGAGAGGCUCGCCGCGCACCUCUCCAAGGUCUACCCCGAGCAGCUGACGGUGGCGCAGGAGGGUCCCGACCGGAGGCAGGCGCGGCUGCGCGCGGCGGCAAUCAUCGAGUCCGAGGGCGCGCGCGAGGGGGAGGGGGACCGGACGGGGGAUGAGACGUCCCUCGACCGCAAGCUGGCUCACCGGCUCUACCUCGUGCUGCGCGAGGGCGGCGCUUGGCGGCUGCCUCAGGUGGACUGGAGCGGCGGCGCCGAGGCGGCGGCCGCCCGCCAACUCCUCGCUCCGACCCUCGGACGAGCGCCCUCCGCUCUCAGCUGCUCUUGCGCCUCGCCUCGCAGGCGCCGACUGUCCGUCAGUGCCUCGGAGAACACCUCUCUGCCAGCUGCGGCGCGCGCAGCUAGUCCGGCUAGUCCGGCUAGUCCGGCUAGUCCGGCCAGUGCUAGUCCGGCGCGGGAGCGGGCGCGGGCGCGCCCUCGGGAGGAAAUGGCGCGGUGGCCUCCGUAGGCGCGUCGCUCCAGCUCCAUUGGGUGGGCAACGCGCCGCUGGCGCAUUUGCCGGCCGGCGAGGCCGCUACUUUCUUUUGGAGGCUGCAGUACGU